AUGCCUCCUAGACCUAGACCUAAUCUCCCUGUUGAUCUCGUUCUUGAUGCCGAACAACAAAUGGCAGUUGAAGAAAUGGGCAGACGAGAAACAGUAAAUUUCAAUCGUCUUGGGGACAAUCAAAGUAGACUUGCUUAUAUCCAAGCACUCGUCGAUAAGAAAAAGACCGAAAUGGAAAAAUCGGAAAUUGAAAUUCAGUCUAUUUAUUUCGUAGCCUAUCUUGCUGUCCUUAUUUGUUUAACUGUUCUUAAAGUAACAAUAUAUAAAUAUGAUGAGGAAAAAUUAAAGUUAUUUUUAGUUGUUUUAAAUUCAGUUUUAUUUUCUGUCGAAAUUGCUGCGAUUCUUAUUAGGUUAUGGAGGGCAACCAUAACAAUAUUUUACGUUGAAGUUGGUAUAUUAUUUAGUCGUAUUUUUUUGAAAUGGGCCGAAUUCAAGAUUAACACUUAA